CAACGCCACUAUUCUUGUUCUUUUUUCUUUUUUCUUUUUUUUUUUUCCUUCCAAUGCCACCAUUGUCCUUAACGAAGAAACCUUUUUUCCUCUCUAGAUUCUACUCCGGAGAAUGGCAUUCUGGUCAAUUUGUGAAAAGGGAAAUAAGAAAAGCCUUCGAGAGAGCUAGUCAAGCUCUUCUCCCAUAAGAACCAACCAAAGGUGAGAAAAAUCUUAAUUCAUUGUAACAUCACCUCUCGAUCUCCGGCUUUAAUUCCAACCUUUCUCCGGCCUAUUCAAAGAAGAUCACAUUCAUAGUCACGUACAUAACAAUAACCAAUCCAUCAAUGUCUCGCUCCAGCAUGGCAAAGAAGCUUUGCCACGCUAAGAAGGCGUGGAAGAGCUUCACCAUCACACUCCAAUCCAAGCUCCACAAGCUCAGGACCUCCAGAGCCAUAAAAGCCGCCACUCGCCACCUCGUCGCGGUGCGCUCCUUCCGCUUCCUUUUCCCGUUCAAACGACAGAGUCUCAACAAACCCUCCUACCAAUACGGCCGGCAAUACUACAACCAGUUUCAUAAUAAUUUUUCUGCCAUACACAUAGACGAGCUCGUCCCAGGGCGCUCCAAGACUUUGCAUGCGCAUGCAGAAACAAGCAAAGGCAAAGAAGUGGUUGACGAGAAAAGUUUGCCGAGAAAGAGCGAGAGCGCGUACGGUAUUGAGGAUGCGUGGAAGGCCGUUGUUGCUUCAUCGCCGCAUCUUCGAGGAGUGGAUGAUAGAGCGGAGGAUUUCAUCUCCAAGUUCCAUGAAGAUAUGAAGCUCCAGAAGGAAAGGUCGCUUCUCGAGUUCCAGGAGAUGUUGGCCCGCAGUGCCUAAAUUUGGUUUCAUUCUUCCAUUGAUCCAUAUUUUCUUCCACUUUUCCAAUACAAUAUUGUGAAAGUUUUGCAAUUGGGGCUUGAAGGUUUUUUCUUCAAUUUUUUUUUUUUUACUUUUUAAUUUUUAAUUAUUUUUUUCCCUUGGGGUGUGUGAAUUGAAGACGGUGGUUUUACAAUACAAUAUGGGUACGAAAAUGUAUAGGAAUUAACUUUUGGUUGUUGUCAAGGACUUCUUGUGUAUUCUCAUCUAUUAUUCUUUUUCAGAGGGCUCUUUUUGGUGAGUUAAGACAUACAUAUAUAACGUGUGCUUUGUAAUUGGGUUCUGAGAAAUAAGUAAAGGUUGUUUGUAUUGUGAUGCAA